AUGUCUUCCAAAGACGAAGGCUUGAAGUCGCGUUCUAGAGAGCCAUUAACUCAACAUGUUUCCUGUGUGGAGUUGGAACAUCCGCCUGCUGGUGGGCAGGCCUUCCAGUCAGGCAUGGCAUACACAGGGGAUCUGUCACAGCCACCCAGAAGAAUCUCGGACGAUGCUCGCGAAGGCAUUGCCAAGGAGCGUAGGAUGACCUUUCUUAGUGGUACUCGCAUGUAUCCGAGAGCCAUUUUAUGGUCUGCCCUGCUGUCCUUGACGAUAGUAAUGGAGGCAUACGACAAGAUGCUGGUAGGCGGCUUUCUUGCAUCCCCGGCGUUUCGAGAACGAUUUGGAACAUCUAUCAUCGUGAAGCCCGAUGGAACGACCACCCGCGACCUUACUGCAACGUGGCAGGCCGCUCUCAUCUCUUCAGCCUUCUCGACCGAAACCAUUGGAUUACUGUUGAAUGGGCUUCUGACAGAUCGAUAUGGCUACCGGAAGGUUAUGCUUGGUGCUUUGAUUUUUCUGAAUCUGUCGAUAUUCGUUGCUUUCUUUGCGACGAGCUUACCAAUGCUCCUCGCUUCGCAGCUUCUCUUUGGCUUGCCAUGGGGCAUAUUCCAAACAUUGUCUGCGACUUAUGCUGCUGAGGUUUUACCUGUCGCCCUGCGGACUUAUCUCCUUGCAAAUGUCAACAUGUGUUGGCUCAUCGGCCAGGUAAUCGGAAUGGGGACUAUUCAUGCCUGGAUCAAAAGCAACUCGGAGUGGGCGUACCGUGUCCCUUUCGCUAUACAAUGGGCUUGGAGCAUCCCACUCCUGGCUGUGCUUUGCCUUUGCCCUGAAGGUCCCUGGUGGCUAGUAAGGCAUGAUCGCGUUGAUGACGCUCGCCACUCACUCGAACGCCUGACACGGAAGAGCAGUAGUGAGCUCGAUGUCAACCAGGUCAUAUCUGUGAUGAAAUACACCGACAAUAUCGAGAAGCAAUUGAACCAGUCAGGCAACUCAUACCUAGACUGCUUCAAAGGCACCAACUUGAGGCGUACUGAAAUUGCUGGCAUGGUCUGGCUCACCCAAGCUUUCUGUGGGGGGACCCUGAUGGGCUAUGCUCCUUACUUUUACGAGCAAGCCGGAUUUCCUGUGGCAAAGUCCUUUUCACUCACCACUGGAAUGUUUGCACUGGGUAUCGUGGGCAACAUGAUAGCCUGGUUCUUACUCCGUUGGUUUGGACGCCGGACACUCUACUUGGUGGGUGAGCUCAGCCUGGUCUUGAUCCUUAUGGUUGGAGGCAUUGUCAGUGUGGUUCCGAUACAAGCCGAGGUUGCAUACUGGACCCUGGGCUCGUUCCUUUUGGCUUUCACACUCUGUUAUAAUCUCACCAUCGGCCCGGUGUGUUACGUCUUGGUGGCCGAAGUACCCUCAACUCGCCUACGGGUGAAAACCGUCGUACUAGCGAGAAUCGCCUUUAAUCUGGCCUCGAUAGUGAACAACCAGCUGAUCCCCAGAAUGCUGAACGGCGGAGCUUGGAAUCUCAAGGGCCGGGCUUGUUGGCCAUUGGCCGGAAUGGCGUUCUUGUGUUUCAUUUGGAUUUACUUUCGUCUCCCGGAGACAAAGGAUCUUACGUAUGUUGAGCUGGAUAUUCUGUUUGACAACAAAGCACCAACACCAAAAUUCAGGGAAGUAAAGGUGAACCUGGAGUCGCGCGGUUAUCUAAGUUUGAACAGGCAGGAACAGUCUGCUGGCAUAUGGCACGGGUGGUUGGGAUACUCGUAG